AUGAUGGCAGAAGUAACGAAAUCCACGGACAUCAAAGGCCUACACAAAAAUGGCUCACUCAACGAUGAAGAAACCGGCGGAUCGCACUCAGAGGCACCCCUCGAGGUCCACGCAGACGAAGACAUCGUAGCGCGGAUGAACAACCUUGAUCCGCCUGUGACGCCAGAGGAGGAGAGACGCGUACGGAGAAAGAUUGAUAUGCGACUGCCUCCCUUCCUGCUCAUUCUCUAUAUGUUCACCUGGCUGGACCGUGGGGCGCUGGGGAACGCGGCGCUGAUGGGGAUCAAGGAAGAUCUUGGGUUCACGAGCAGAGACUUCUCUCUCGCCGUGAGCAUGUUCUUUGUCGGCACGGCGAUUUCUGACCUGUUUACGAAUAUUGGGAUGAGGUAUAUCCGGCCUUCGGUGUACCUUGCUACGGCUAUGAUCAUCUGGGGCAUCUUUGCGACGCUGCAAGCUGUUGCCGGCGGUCCCAGCGGGAUGUUCGCGAUCCGGUUCUUCCUUGGCAUCUUUGAAGCGGCCUUCAUCUCCGGGGCGCCGUAUCUGACGACUGUUCUCUACCCCAGAGCUGAAUGGGGCCGUCGCAUAAGCGUCUACCUCUCAGCAACCCCCCUCGCAGGCGCCUUCGGCGGCUGGGUAGCCUACGGCGUCUCCAACAUCUCCAACCCGCUCAUAAAGCACUGGCAAGCCCUCUUCGUCAUCGAGGGGCUCGUCACCAUCCUCUUCGGCGUAGCCUGCAUCUGGGUCCUGCCCGACCGCCCACACAACACGCACUGGCUCACCCCGCGCGAGCGCGACGUCGCCACCUGGCGGAUGAUGCGUGACGGUAACCGCACGCACGGCAAAGUCCACUGGCGCACGACGGCGGCGCAACUGACGGGGGACUGGCGGCUGUGGCUGAACAUUGCGAUUUACAUGGGACAGGUGCUGCAGACGUACACGAUUGCGACGUUUACGCCGAUUAUUGUGGCAACGUUUGGGUAUGAUAAUGUCAAGGCGCAGUUGAUGACGGCGCCGCCGUAUUGUGUUGCGUUUGUCAUGGUGUUUGUUGUCGGGUGGGCGAGUGAUCGGCUCCAGUGGUGUUCCAGCCGCCCGGGACAGCCGUUGGCGGUGCAGUCUCUCUAUAUCGGUGCCAAAGUAGAAGGAGCGUCCAGUCGGCUACGGAAUGAGGAUGGGCUGGCCCUCACGGCGUCGGAGAUGACGUUCCUGCAAGCCGCCGCGGAUCGAUUUGGACUAUGUCUCACCACCGGCGUCGGAUUUCCAGCACGCUACGAUGCGCUUACGGACAUUCGGCUCGGCAAGAACACACUUGGAACGUUUGAUGCUACGGGUGAAGAUGACCCGUACUCCGGCAGCAGCGACGCAAGACGUCUGCUGGAAUCAGCACCGCGGCGCGAGACAGUCCAUCUUGAUUUCUUCGUAGGCAACCAUCAAGAGUGGUCCGCCAUGGAUUGGUCCAGCGUCAGGAACCUGCACUUGCGGCAACUAGAGAGCGAUGACAUCCGUGUGACGGAUUUGUCGACGUUUUCCCAUUCUAUCAGACGACCGCGAGGAUUGGAUUGCAGCGGUGACGACGGGACGUUGCCGGAACCUCGAACUGCUCAAGUUUACCUGAAACACUCGCUCCGUGGUCAAUCAUCGAAAGGCUGCCACCAAAGACACGCUGGCUGUAUGUUCCCGCGGACCACUCACUUCAAAGAGACGGACAACACGAUCACUCAGAGUGGCUCAACAACUUUAGCGGGUUGGAUGGUCCACUCUGUGAGAGUGUUUGAAGAUGGAAACCUCCCAAACCUCGAAUGGUUGGUCAUUCCGGCCUUCGAAUGUCCACACGGUCAGCAGUGUCUGUCUACACCGAAGAACGAGCUCAAUAAAGGCUUUGUGCAGAAGUUCCCAACCCCUUCAUCUUUGGAAACAGAUGUUGCCAUCGUGGUGUGUAAGGUAUCGAGGAAUGUUCGGGAAGGACUGUUCAUGCUCCUCACGUCAGGGCUGCCCUGUAGCAUGGAAUUCGAUGACCUCCGUUGCAAAGUGGAGAUGCAGCCGGGCCACUCACCUAGCCUGAGUGCUUCUGAGCUGCAGGUGAAGCUCAUUCCCUCUGCUAAUUAG